GUUAUGCAAUAUUAUAUGCCAAAUAUUCGUACGAUAAAACCGAUCUUAUGAGUCCACUUGGUGGAUUAUAUGUUAGCUUUAUAGACUACAAUACAGCUAAUACAACUUCCAUGAACAAUCCUAUCCUUCUCUUUCAAAUAACUAGUUCUGAAAUGAAAAUUAAUGCAGUUCAUUGUAAUGCAUAUUUUGGAUUUGGUUACUAUUGUGUUGCUUCCAUCAUCUACAACAACACAGUGUACUACUAUAAAGAAAUUGCAUUUUAUUCAACAACAAUUAUAGAUUCCGAACAAUUAUUCAAUACUCCCAAUGAAGCUAGUGUGCUCUGGAAUGUGUCUUCAACACCUUUCGGCGGAUACGUAUUUUCUGCUUUGGUUAAUUCCAAUUGCUUAAUUCAUAUCUAUGACAUUGAUCGUGAUACAAAUUAUCCGAAGGUUAAUUUGACGACAACGGGUAUUGGUGCAUAUAACAUUUUGAAAAAUAAUAAUUCCUUUUUAUUCUCUUUACGAGAUAUAAAUGGUAAAAAUGCAUCUUGGUCUUUGCUUGCUGUUCAGUUACCUGAAACACCAAAUC